ACUAUCCAUCUCUGGUCUUUCGGAAUAACAACAAAUUGACAAGUCGAAUCAACGUUUUUCGUAACUCGUUUUCCUGGACAAACUAUGAAUAUUAAAUUGCAAAGCUUAAAGUCUAGAAAGUCUAAAAUAUUCUAAAAAGUAAAAUCUAUUAUAAUGCCGCUGUUGUAUAGUGUUGUUGCCAGAGGCCCUACUGUUCUCGCUAAAUAUGCCUUGCACACUGGAAAUUUUGAGGAAGUCACUGAACAAAUUUUUGCACAAAUUGACACCUUCAACGACAAAUUAACAUAUUCACAAGGGCCGUACUUAUUUCAUUAUAUUUGUGAAAAUGGCAUAAUCUAUAUGUGUAUAACAGACGAUGACUUUCAACGGUCUAGAGCGUUUUUGUUUCUAAAUGAGAUUAAAAGAAGAUUCCAAGUUGCAUUUGGUACUGGAGCUUUAAAUGCAUUAGCAUAUGCUAUGAACACUGAAUUUUCAAGAGUAUUGGCAAAUGAGAUGAAGCAUUACAGUGAAUCAAAAGACAUUGAUACAAUAUCGAAAGUUCACGGUGAGCUGGACGAAUUGAAAGAUAUCAUGGUUAGAAAUAUUGACAAUAUUGCAAUGCGAGGGGAACGAUUAGAGCUUCUUGUAAACAAGACUGAAAACCUAAGUUCAAAUUCUAUGGCAUUCAGAAAAACGAGUAGAAACUUGGCAAGAUCUCUUUUUUGGAAAAAUAUAAAAAUUUAUGCUAUAAUCGGGAUAUCAUUAUUCAUCUUUAUGUAUUUUAUUAUCUCAAUGCUUUGUGAAGGUUUCACUUGGCAAAAGUGCUUACGCAAAUAACAACAGUUAAAAUGUAAAUGAAAACAAGCAGUGCAAGAUUAUUCGAUAACGUUAAAGCUAUUGACUUUUGACAGGUAAUGAGUGAAAAGAUUAUAUAAUUAUGUUGACAAAUUUUAUUAUUUAACAACGAAAAUUUUAAAGUUAUCCACACAAAAUUACCCAAAAUAUUACCAAUCAGCGAAUUUAUACUUUCUUCAAUUUUUAUUUAGUAGAUUUAAUUUAGAAAUUUUUUAAUGUAAAUGUUUAGGUUUAAAUUUAAAAUAAAAUAAAUUAAUUUAAUUAAUUAAA